CGCCCGCCGGCCCCGAGUGCUGCGGGCGAGCGGCGGGGGAGGCGCCAUGGCCGACCGGGCGCGGGCGGCGCUCGCCGAGUCGGGCUGGUGUCUUUCAGAUGAAGGAAUUGAAGCUUGCUUAAGUUCAUCUGAAAAAGUUAAUACGAAUGAUAUUAUCCUAGUUGCCCUUAAUACAGAUUUAAGAACGAUUGGCAAGAAAUUCCUCCCCAGUGACAUCAAUGGUGGAAAGGUGGAAAAGCUGGAAGGGCCAUGUGUCCUGCAAAUACAGAAAAUUCGCAAUGUUGCUGCACCAAAGGAUAAUGAAGAAUCUCAGGCUGCUCCCAGAAUGCUGCGUUUACAGAUGACUGAUGGACACACAAGCUGCACAGCUAUAGAAUACAGUAGCAUGUCAAAAAUAAGCCUGAACACUCCACCUGGAACAAAAAUUAAGCUUUCAGGAAUUGUUGAAGUGAGAAAUGGAUUUUUGCUGUUGGAUGACAGUAACACAGCAGUUCUUGGAGGUGAAGUGGAGCAUCUUAUAGAAAAGUGGGAAUUACAAAGGAGUUUGGCAAAACACAAUAGGAGUAACAUUGGAACAGAAGGUGGCCCUCCUCCUUUUGUACCUUUUGGGCAGAAAUGUGCAUCUUAUGUGCAAGUGGAUAGCAGAGAUCUUGAUCGCAGAAAGACUCUGCAAAUGACAAAUACUGUAAAACCUGUUGCGGACAAUGAUGAAUUUGAAAAGCAGAGAACAGCUGCUAUUGCAGAAGUAGCAAAGAGCAAAGAGACCAAGACAUUUGGAGGAGGUGGUGGUAGUAGCAGAAGCAAUCUCAGUGUGAGUGCUGGAGGGAAUCGAAACAGGGAACUGUUCCAGAAAGAGAAGAUAGCAAAACCAGAGGGGAAGAAUGAAGGCGUCUACCGAGAACUGGUUGAUGAAAAGGCUCUAAAACACAUAACAGAGAUGGGUUUUAGCAAAGAAGCAGCAAGACAGGCACUUAUGGAUAACAGUAACAGCCUGGAGGCAGCAUUAAAUUUUCUUCUGAACAACAGUAAACAGAAACCCAUUCAGGGACCACCACCUAGAGGUAAGGGGAAGGGCCGAGGCCGAAUAAGACCUGAAGAUGAAGAAGAGCUAGGAAAUGCCAGACCAUCUGCACCAAGCACACUGUUUGAUUUCUUGGAAUCCAAAAUGGGUACUCUAACAGUAGAGGAACCAAAAUUACAAUUUCAGCCAACACAUCAAGUACAGCACAAAGUUAUGAAUACAGAACAGAAUGGCAUCAAAGAGAAUCAUUCAAGACACGUUUCUCGCAAUGACAUGAGACAACCAAGGAAUGAGAAACCCCCUCGUUUUCAAAAGGAUUUUCAGAAUUCAAGGCAGGCUUUGGAAAGUGGUGGGUUACCAAGAAACAGAGGUCCUGAAAGGCACAGCUCUUUAGAACACUGGACAGAUGAAAAAAAUAAAAGUGACAGACAUUAUCCUAGAAAUGACAGGUCAAAGGAUUUGGGUUAUCCCAUAACCACUCACCAGAGUGAUAUUACUUUCAAAAAAAGGGAUAACAACAUGCAAAACAGAGUAGGAAAAGGAGUGUCUUUCUCAGAAUUCAAGGAAAAUUCUGCUGCUCAAGAUGUAACAGACAACAAUAACCAGAAACGUGGGAAAAGGGAAAACCAAACACACAAUUCAGAAAAUUUUUGUGAUAGGAAGGCACGAACAAUAAGUAAUGAAGCCUUUAUGGUAAAACGUGAGCAACAUUUUGGUGUUAAUAAUGAUUACCAAAAUCCAAGUAGGACUGAUAAUUUCAGUGCUGUACCAAAUGGAGAUACUGAGCAUCAUCAGAAAGGAAGACGAGUAGGACCUAUCAAAUCGUCAGGACCCACUGUGAUCCCGUCUUUUGAUGAUAAAAUGUUGUAUUACAACACUGGUCCCAAAAAGAGAACUGGGCCCAUCAAACCAGAGAAAAUACUGGAACCACCAUCGAGUCACAUGGAGUAUGGAAAAAGUUGGAGACCAGGGGAUGAAUGCUUUGCUCUUUAUUGGGAAGACAACAAGUUCUACCGGGCAGAAAUUGAAGCUCUCCAUUCUUCUGGGACAACUGCCGUUGUUAAAUUCAGUGAUUAUGGAAAUUAUGAAGAGGUGCUUCUCAGCAACAUCAGGCCUGUUCAUGCAGACACAUGGGAGGAGGAGGAAGAGACGUAUGAGCAAACUCUAGAAUUCCGCAGAGGAGGUGAUGGUCAGCCACGGCGGUCCACACGACCCACUCAACAAUUUUAUCAACCCCCCCGAGCUAGAAACUGAUUAAUAAGAAAAGAAAGUUUUUUCAUUUAGAAACCUUCUUGGAGUCGGGGGGAAUUCACUGGCAGCUCCCAACUUGCUGAACACUUCUUCUAGAAGAAAUUUUGGGGUUUUCCAAGCAGCAGGAUGGAACAAAGAACGCUCAUGUGAGCAGAAGGAAUUUGGACCUGACACCACAAAAGACUUUUUUAAAGUUCUUAGUUAAAUGAGGCUGAAUACUUUUUACAUAUGAAAGAGGCAAAUUGUCAUUGCUACCAUCAAUAAAACCACAGUGCACUAUUCUA